UUUUUUUUUUUAUCCUUUUUUUUUUGGUUACUCAUUUUAUCGAACAUGUGACUGAAUUAGACGCUCACAUGGCUGCGGUGACUGCUGCAUGAUCCGCUUUAGUUCUUUAAAGUCCGGUGAUCGGUAGCUCCCUCGGCAGCGACCAUCCGGAGCAGAAGACCGCUGAGAAACACAGCGCCUUCCCCGGACAAAUCAUGGCGAACAGCGGGCAGAAAGUUGUGCUGAUCACCGGCUGCUCCUCCGGCAUCGGGUUACGAAUCGCCGUCACGCUGGCCAAAGAUGAAAAGAAGCGUUACCAUGUCAUUGCCACCAUGAGGGACCUGAAGAAAAAGGACAAGCUAGUAGAGGCCGCAGGAGAUGCAUACGGAAAGACCUUGAUGUUGCUUCCACUAGACGUGUGCAGUGACGAAUCCGUCAAGCAGUGCAUCAAUAAUGUUAAGGACCGCCAUAUUGAUAUCCUGAUCAACAACGCAGGUGUGGGCUUGUUGGGGCCUGUGGAAAGCAUCAGCAUCGACGAGAUGAAAAGAGUAUUCGAGACCAACUUCUUUGGUGUGGUUCGCAUGAUUAAAGAAGUGAUGCCGGACAUGAAGAAGAGGCGUUCAGGACACAUCGUGGUCAUGAGCAGUGUGAUGGGUCUUCAGGGAGUGGUGUUCAAUGAUGUUUACACUGCCUCUAAGUUUGCCAUGGAAGGUUUCUGUGAGAGUAUGGCCGUGCAGCUGAUGAAAUUCAAUAUCCGGUUGUCCAUGAUUGAGCCUGGUCCAGUGCACACCGAGUUUGAGACAAAGAUGAUGGAAGAUGUGGCCAAGAUGGAGUAUCCAGGAGUUGAUGCCGACACAGUUCGUUAUUUUAAAGACGUUUACCUGCCAUCAUCCAUAGAUAUAUUUGAAGCCAUGGGCCAGACGCCAGAGGACAUAGCCAAGUGCAUUAAAAAGGUUAUUGAGUCAAGCAGCCCCCGCUUCAGGAAUCUGACCAACAGCCUCUACACACCCAUUGUGGCCUUAAAGUACGCAGAUGAGACUGGAGGCCUGUCCGUCAACACUUUCUACAACCUACUCUUCAACUUUGGCCCGCUCAUGCACAUCACGAUGAGCAUCCUCAAGUGCCUGACAUGUAGCUGCCUGCGUAGACGCACCAUCUCACCUAACUGAUGAGGAUGUCCAGUACUGCCCUUUUACCCUCACCCUCCCAGUUUGUUGAGGCCAUCCAGUUCCUACUGCCUUUUCCUGAGGUUUUGGGCCAAGGAGGUAUAGUAGAACCAGUCACCCUGGAAAAAGGAGGCACCUUUUAGUUCAAAGAUGCUACCAUGAUAAGCUUUGCCAGACAGCAUUCAGAGUUGCACAGGUUUGUCACAGAGAUGUAUGCAGGAUGACCUCAUGUGCUCACACACACACACACAUACAAGCAAACAUACACACAAUACAAAAAUGCAAGCAACAUGCACAUUACACAUCGGAUGAUUGUACAUAUUAUAGUGAGUGAAGGCUAUGCCUUUGUCAUUGCUUUGUGGAAGGAACUGAACACAGUAUUAAGUGGUUAGAUGUCUAUAUCGUUUUCAAGAGAACGCAGACAGGACGUGAGAUGUGAGCCCCAUGGACAAAUAACAGCACAAAAGUGAACUCAGUUACAGAGGAAAAUAUAGAGAAAUAAUAAUGCUAUAAUUUGUAGCCUGGAUAACUAUACACUCAGGCUCACCAGAGUUAUAACAUAAACAGAAUAUCUGCUUUUAUUGUGUUGUACCCUUAAUUUCAUGUUUGCCUUAACAUAGUGUUCUCAUGGUCAUAACUGCUGUGAAAUCAUAUUUUUAAUCUUUUGAUGAACAGAAUGUUGUGGUUUUUAAAGGUUUGUGAAGGGUUGGGUCAGAAAUGAUCAAUCUAGCAUCUUGAUCUAGAAAUAAACAGAAUUUAUCCUAAAA